AUGGGAAAUCCAAUCCCCGUCCACCUGGAACAGGAGUGCCACAAAGCAACCAAGAUCCUCAACGACUUUGUUGACCCGGUCAAUGGGCUGGACAAGAUCGUCCCCGUCAGCGUACUCCAACGAGCUCGAGGAUUUGCCAUUUUUUCUGUCUUUCGCAUUGGCUUUCUGCUGUCAGCACGAGCAGGAUCCGGCGUUGUAGUCGCACGAACCGACGAUGAUCGUUGGUCUGCACCAGCCGCCAUUGGGAUCGGCGGUCUCGGUGGCGGCUUCAACGUUGGUGCAGAGGUCACCGACUUUCUGAUCGUGCUCAAUUCCAAAUCUGCCGUUCGCUCGUUCAUGGCCACCGGCUCUCUCCAGCUCGGCGGCAAUCUGUCUGUCGCUGUUGGCCCAUUGGGUAGGUCUGCAGAAGCAAGUGGCAGCGUCAACACAAAGGGCCGUGUCGCAGCGAUGUUCUCUUACUCCAAGUCCAAAGGUUUGUAUGGCGGUAUCUCGGUCGAAGGCACCGUGCUCGUCAAUCGUGAAGAUGCCAACGUCAAAGCGUACGGAAUGUACGGAAAGAACCCCAAGCAGAUUCUCUCUGGCUCUGUGGAACGACCUCACUGGGCCAAGAAUUUGAUUCAGACCAUCGAUCGUUUCACGCUAGCCAACACGCCGAGCAAGGACCUGGAUGGCGAGUACUUCAACUACGAUGACACGAGUAGCUUUGGCAGACGUGGUAUCGGCGGCAGUGGCGGACGUAGGACGAGCUAUGACUCGGUGGAUAGCCGCGAUCUUGAUCAUAUCUCUUCGUCGCGUCUAGGCGAUGGACAGCGCGCAUCGUCUCGCGACGUGCGAGCGGUCGAAGACCUGCCUGAGCGCUUCGAUCGAUUCGAUCUCAACGACCGCAAUCGUGAUCAGCUGGACGACUGGGAGGAUCGUGACCGUCGCCGAAAAGAUGAUGAACACGAGAGCCGCAAUUUCGGCACAUACGCAUUCUCACCCUCGUCAUCUAUCAGCAACACGCCCGCUCGCGUUGGCUCGGCGUCUUCGCAACGAAAACGUCCAGGAAUCCGACAGCGAUCGAGUAGUAUUGCUAGCAAUCUGAGCUUUUCCAGUCUAGGCAAGAAGAAGCUGGACCGCUCAGGACCAACGCCUCCACCGGACUGGAACGAGAUCCCCGGUUAUAGCGCCAAUAGCAACACAUGGGGCAAUCCGAAUACGGGUGACAUGGACGCGCUUGAUAGAGAGCUUCAAGGCGGAGGAGGAGCAGCAAGCACUUCGGCUGCACGCAGAUCGCCGUUUGCACACAAUCGGAGCUACAGCAGUGCUUCUGGUAACGUACCCACCCCGGGCAUGACGUCCGACAAACGCAUUCGCAGCGGAAGUAUUGGAGGUCGAGGUAGUUCCAAUACGCCCGUCGGUUGGUCACAAUUCAGCGCUGCUGAUGAUGUCAACGACGAUCUGUUUGGUACAGAUGUACCACACGCCGGUGCGAGCUCAAGCGCUCGCGAUCCAUUUGAUGAGCUCGAUGCGCGCGUCGAUUCGCAAUACAACGGAGCCAGCAACGACGGUCAUGUUCGCACAAGGUCGAUUGACCACGACUCUUCGCGUGCACCUCCGCCUUCAAAGAGUCAUCGUUUCGGUCGAUUCCGUACGCCGAGUCCUGGCAACUCGGCGUUCGGUCGCAAAAAUACACCCACGAUCGCCGAAGACGACGCGUUGGACAACCUCAUCUCCACGUCCACGGAUGAUGAGUACGGUGCCAGCGCGGCGGCGGUUUCUGGUGUGGGAAGCGCAAGGCGAGAGAGCUUUUCGCUUUCCAGCGAAAACGCCAGCGUACCUGUGAUCGAGCGCGUGGUUGCACUGUACGACUUCGAGGCGCAGGAAGAGGGCGAUCUUGGCUUCCAGAAGGGUCAGGUGAUCGCGGUCACCAAGAAAACUGACAGCCGGGACGAUUGGUGGCAGGGAAGAGUCGAGGCCGGCUUGAGCGCCAGUAGAAUCGGCAUCUUCCCCGUCACCUAUACUGCUCCUCUCUGA